AUGUACCAGAAGAGACAGUGCUUCCACAGUCCCAACAAGAGCAUGUCCCGCUUCUUCCUUCCCUCGAUGAUUCUAAUGAUGAUUUGUUCCAGCAGCCCAACAUCCUGCGAGCAACAGGACAUCAGUUUCCAGAAAACUGCAGUCCAUAUCCGUAACGACCUCUCAGACCCAUUUCGGGUUCAGUGUCAAUCCAAAGACAACGACAUUGGCAUGCAAACACUGAACCCUGGGCAACUUCUUAGUUGGAGAUUCGUUCCCCAUUGGUUUUUCGGAGAGGACACUCUCUUCUUCUGCCAUUUUUAUUGGGGCCCCCAUGAGAGAAUCUUUGAUGUCUACAAUAAUAAAGUAGCUAGCUACUGUUCGGAUAAGUACACGAACGACAAAAUUUGCUAUUGGUCUGUCAGAUCGGAUGGUUUCUAUUUUAGUGGAACCAAUGGACCCAAUAGUUAUGCCUUCUGGUAUGGGUGGGAAUAA